AGAAAUAUUACAGGUUCUUUAUUCAAAAAAGAAAAUGGCUGAUCUUAAUAAUAUUCAACUUGAAACUGAACAAACUAUUCAUCAAGAUUCACAAAUUCGAAGUAAUCUUAAAAGAAAAAAUUCUGAUUUAGAAAAUAAAUCUGGAAGAAAAUUACAUAAAAUUCUAGAAAAUAAUCAAGUAUUAGAAAAUCAAGUAGAAAAUUAUCAAGUAGAAACUGCUGAAACAUUAUUUCAAGAAGAAAUUAAUAAAAAAAGAAGAAAGUAUAAAAGAAUCAUCUUAGAAAAUGUUGUUAUUGAAGAUGAUUUAUUUAAUCUAUUUAUCACAGGAUUAGAUGCAGAAAAUAUUAUUAUUCAAAAAUAA